UACUUUUAACGAUAAGGGCCUUUGUUUACGCACACACUUGUGCUUUACGUGUGCGUUUGUGUAAAACGUCAUCACGCCCUAGUAACCUCGGCAGCGUCUUGGGAAGAUAGAUCGCUAGCUAAAGCAACAAGAUGGGUUUGCUGUCAAUCCUUCGAAAGCUAAAGAGCACACCUGAUCAGGAGGUUCGGAUCUUGUUGCUGGGUUUGGACAACGGAGGAAAGACCACGCUGCUGAAACAACUGGCCUCUGAGGACAUCAGUCACAUCACCCCCACACAGGGCUUCAACAUAAAGAGUGUUCAGUCUCAGGGUUUUAAGCUGAAUGUGUGGGACAUCGGGGGACAGAGGAAGAUCAGACCCUACUGGAGAAACUACUUUGAGAACACUGACGUGCUGAUUUACGUCAUCGACAGUGCAGACAGAAAAAGAUUUGAGGAGACGGGACAGGAGCUGGCUGAGCUGUUGGAUGAGGAGAAGCUGAGUGGGGUUCCAGUGCUGAUCUUUGCCAACAAGCAAGACCUGCUGACGGCUGCCCCAGCUUCUGAGAUCGCUGAGGGACUCAACCUGCACACUAUCCGGGACCGCGUCUGGCAGAUCCAGUCCUGCUCUGCCCUCACCGGAGAGGGGGUACAGGACGGAAUGAACUGGGUCUGCAAGAGCGUCAACGCUAAGAAGAAGUAGCACAGCUGUCUGCUUUCACACACACACACACACGCCCUGAGCCUGUGAGAGGACGGGGUGUACCUGUGAAUGUACACACUAAACCAACAUGGACUUGAAGAAAGUUUUUAACUGCCUGGCUGGUCUCUACACAUUGUUUACUAAACUACAACUCUCGCUAGAACUACAACUUCCAUUGUUGCUCUUCAAAAUUAAGUAUUUUUAUUUGGGGG